AUGGACGGCGAUCCAGAGAAAACCGGUCCUCCUGUGGAGAAACAAUCCGGAGAUUCCAGUGCGGGACCGGAUAUCUCAUCCCCCGCCCACACACAGGCAGCUGCGGUAUCAGUUCUAGACGGUGAGAAACAGCCCGAUGCUAAUAAUCAUAUUAAUCAUAUCGAAUUAUCGGGAUCGGGAUCGGGAUCGAGAUCGAGAUCAGCCGCCAGCAAUGAAGACCUCCCGAAUCUCAAGAAACUAGACUCGAAAGUGGUGGCCCCGCCUGAGGAAAAGGAUCUCGACGUGGCGCUCGCCCAUCUCCCUGAACAUGAACAGGAUAUCCUCAAGGAACAGCUCGACAUCCCAAAUGUUAAGGUCACCUACCUUACAUUGUUUCGAUAUGCCACAAAAUCUGACAUCGUCCUGCUCCUCCUGGGCUCUUUUACCUCGAUUGCGGGUGGCGCUCUGCUGCCCUUGUUUACCAUUCUUUUCGGGCAAAUGGGGGGCACCUUCCAAGACAUCGCCCUCGAAAGAAUUACCCUCAGUAAAUUCAACUCGGAGGUUUCGAAGUUUGCUCUCUACUUCGUUUAUCUUGGAAUUGCCAUGUUCAUCCUUAUCUAUAUUGGGACGGUUGCUUUCAUCUAUGUCGGCGAACAUAUCUCCCAGAAAAUCAGAGAAAAUUAUCUUUCCGCCACCUUGCGCCAGAAUAUCGCAUUCUUUGACAGAUUGGGCGCGGGGGAGAUCACCACUCGCAUCACCGCGGAUACCAACCUGAUUCAGGAUGGCAUAUCGGAGAAAGUUGGAUUGACAAUGACUGCUGUCGCCACCUUCAUCACCGCCUUUGUAAUUGGAUUUGUCAAGUUUUGGAAGCUGACACUUAUUUGCUCGUCAACAGUCGUCGCUCUCACUGUUCUGAUGGGCGGAGCAUCCAGGUUCAUUGUUGACUAUAGCAAAAAGUCCUUAGAAAGUUAUGGCGUGGGCGGAACGGUGGCAGAGGAAGUGCUCAGCUCUAUUCGGAACGCCACCGCAUUUGGCACGCAGGAGAAGCUAGCCCGACAGUACGACACUCAUCUCGUCGAGGCCCGGAAAUGGGGAACAAAAUUACAGAUUGCUCUGGGCUGUAUGAUCGGAGGAAUGAUGGGCAUCAUCUUCCUAAAUUAUGGUUUGGGUUUCUGGAUGGGUUCUCGAUUCCUUGUCCGUGGUGAAACCACUCUUUCGGACAUCCUGACUAUCCUCCUGGCCAUUAUCAUUGGGUCUUUCAGUUUGGGCAACGUGACUCCCCACGGACAGGCGUUUACCGCAGCAAUCAGCGCUGGCCAGAAAAUCUUCAGCACCAUCGACCGACCAUCCCCAAUCGACCCCACCUCUGACGUAGGCGAAACAAUUGAGAACGUCAAAGGUACCGUCGAAUUCCGAAACAUCAGACACAUCUAUCCAUCCCGGCCAGAGGUCGUUGUUAUGGACGACGUUAGUUUGGUAGUCCCCGCUGGGAAGACAACCGCUCUUGUCGGCCCAUCUGGAUCAGGUAAAAGCACGGUCAUAGGGCUGAUGGAACGAUUCUACAACCCGGUUGGCGGAACUGUCUUGCUGGAUGGCCAUGAUUUACUGACCCUUAAUCCCCGUUGGCUCCGACAACAGAUUUCCUUGGUUAGCCAGGAGCCAACCCUUUUUGGCACCACGAUAUACAUGAACAUCAAACAAGGCCUGAUUGGUUCCAGCUUUGAACAGGAACCAGAAGAGAAAAUUCGGGAACGCAUCGAGAAUGCUGCAAAAAUGGCUAACGCACACGAUUUCAUCGUGAGUCUCCCCGAGGGUUAUGAGACCAACGUUGGCGAACGAGGUUUCCUGCUUUCAGGUGGCCAGAAACAGCGUAUUGCCAUUGCUCGCGCCAUGGUCAGCGAUCCGAAGAUUCUCCUCCUUGACGAAGCCACUUCCGCGUUGGACACCAAAUCAGAAGGGGUUGUCCAAGCUGCAUUGGAUGCUGCGGCAGUCGGAAGAACCACAAUCGUGAUUGCCCAUCGUCUGUCCACGAUCAAAAAUGCGCAUAAUAUCGUCGUUAUGGUGGCUGGCCGUAUUGUCGAACAAGGAACUCACGACGAACUGGUAGACCGUAACGGAGCUUAUCUCCGGCUCGUCGAAGCACAGCGCAUUAACGAAGAACGGAGUGCCCAAGCUCCACUUGAGGAGGAAGAGGACGAGGAAGAUAUAAUGCUAUCUAAGGAGUAUUCCCCUGCUCGUCGACCUUCUGGCCCCUCGCAGAGUGUGUCUUCGGGGAGAUAUGCUGGUGCUGGGGACGAAGAAGAGCUGCAACGGACUGACACAAAGAAGUCACUCUCGAGCAUGAUUCUUUCCAAACGUGCACCGGAGUCAACACAGAAGUAUAGCCUGCUCACGCUUAUCCGAUUUAUCCUCUCUUUCAAUAAACCGGAAAAGGGAUUGAUGGUGGCCGGACUUUUCGUAUCCAUAAUAUGCGGUGGCGGACAACCCUCGAUGGCGGUGUUUUUCGCCAAAGCAAUCAACGCGCUCUCCCUUCCCCCACAAUUUUAUAAUAAGCUGAGAAGCGAUUCAAAUUUCUGGUCGCUCAUGUUUCUGAUCCUCGGACUCGUCACUUUUUUCGCGUACUGUCUCCAAGGAACAUUGUUCGCCAUUUGUUCCGAACAGCUGAUUCACCGUGCGCGACGCGAGGCAUUCCGGUCCAUGCUCCGACAAGACAUUGCUUUCUUUGACCGUGAAGAGAAUAGCACUGGUGCCUUGACUUCAUUCCUGUCUACAGAAACCAAACAUCUUUCUGGUGUCAGUGGAGUGACGCUGGGUACAAUCCUCCUGGUUACAACCACGCUUGGGGCGUCACUUAUCGUGGGUCUAGUGAUUGGUUGGAAACUUGCCCUCGUCUGUGUCUCAACCAUCCCCGUUCUCCUCGCCUGUGGAUACUACCGAUUUUACAUCUUAGCCCUCUUCCAGGCUCGGUCCCAAAAAGCCUACCAAAAGUCCGCGAGUUACGCGUGUGAAGCGACUUCGGCUAUUCGCACCGUUGCAUCGCUGACUAGAGAGGCAGAUGUUUCUGGCAGUUACCAUGGCCAAUUAGAGGUACAGGCUAAAAAGAGUCUUAUUUCCGUUCUCAAAUCAUCCCUCCUGUAUGCAGCAUCUCAGUCCAUGAUGAUGUUCUGUAUUGCUCUUGGGUUCUGGUACGGCAGUACACUGCUAGGCACGAAGGAGUACAGCUUGUUUCAAUUCUUCGUCGUUUUCAUGGAGAUAACAUUUGGUGCGCAGUCUGCCGGGACUGUCUUCUCCUUUGCACCGGAUAUGGGUAAGGCCAAGAGUGCCGCUGCUGAAUUUAAAAUGCUCUUCGACAGAAAGCCGGCAAUCGACACCUGGUCGGAGGAAGGCGAUACAGUGGAGAACGUCGAGGGGACCAUUGAGUUUCGUGAUGUGCAUUUCAGAUAUCCCAACCGGCCUGAGCAACCUGUUCUCCGCGGUCUGAACUUGACCGUUAAACCAGGCCAGUAUGUGGCCUUGGUGGGAGCUAGUGGUUGCGGGAAGAGUACCUCUAUCGCACUCCUCGAGCGCUUUUAUGAUCCGCUAGCUGGCGGAGUGUACGUUGAUGGAAAGGACAUCACUAGGUGCAACAUCAACUCCUAUCGAAGCUUCAUUUCCCUUGUCAGCCAGGAACCUACUCUAUACCAAGGCACGAUCCGUGAUAAUAUCCUGCUGGGCAUUGAUAACGAUAACGUACCUGAGGAACAAGUUGUCCAGGCAUGCAAAGCUGCCAAUAUCUAUGACUUCAUCAUUUCUCUUCCAGACGGCUUCUAUACCGUUGUCGGCAGCAAAGGAAGCAUGUUAUCCGGCGGCCAAAAGCAGCGCAUCGCCAUCGCCCGCGCCCUCAUCCGUGAUCCUAAAAUCCUCCUCCUAGACGAAGCUACAUCUGCCCUUGACUCAGAAUCUGAAAAAGUUGUCCAGGCAGCGUUGGAUGCAGCCGCCAAAGGCCGUACAACCAUCGCAGUCGCCCAUCGCCUCAGCACCAUACAAAAGGCUGAUGUCAUUUAUGUCAUUGACCAAGGGCGGGUGGUGGAGAGUGGCACCCAUCAUGAACUGUUGGCGAAUAAAGGGCGGUAUUUUGAGUUGGUGAGUUUGCAGAGUUUGGAGAAGACGCAUUAA